ACUAAUUUGUUUUUGUUGCACCUCCUCCUCCGCAGUUACCUAGUUGUUAUUACUUUGGAUUGGAUUUUGUUUUUCGUUGUGAGUUUAGGCUGGACAUGUAGAUCAGCUGGACGAGAGACGACCAUGAAGGAAGUGGGCAUAGCUCUGCCCAAGUCGAGGGGAGUCGGCGUGGGAAUUCUCGCUGCAUUUCUACUAACCUUCAUAUUCUACUAUUUCUACGGGGGAUAUAUGACGUUCGCCGUCUUCGCUUUUGUUCUACUUUUGAUAUGUUACUAUGCACAAGACCUGUUGCUUUACCACCCGGAUCUGCCCGCAAAUUCGCGAAUCUACAUUCCGAUCCCAAGCAUGCAUAACCUGCACCACAUCACAGUUAGCAUCAAGACGCCUGACGGGGUGACGUUGCAUGCGUUCUGGAUCACCCAGCCGGAGGAGCGAAGUAAGUCAGUGCCAACGCUGAUUUACUUCCACGGUAACGCCGGAAACAUGGGCCAUAGAAUGCAAAAUGUGUGGGGCAUUUAUCACCAUUUGCACUGCAAUAUUCUUAUGGUGGAAUACCGAGGCUACGGCUUGUCCACUGGUGUGCCAACGGAACGCGGCCUUGUCACCGAUGCGCGGGCCGCCAUCGAUUACCUAUAUACCCGCCACGACCUUGACCACUCACAGCUAAUCCUUUUCGGGCGAUCUCUGGGCGGAGCUGUGGUAAUUGACGUAGCUGCCGACACGGUCUACGGCCAGAAGGUUAUGUGUGCCAUCGUUGAGAACACUUUCAGCAGCAUACCAGAAAUGGCAGUGGAGCUGGUGCAUCCUUCUGUGAAGUACAUACCAAAUCUAAUGUUUAAGAACAAGUACCAGUCCAUUAGAAAGAUAGGCAAGUGCUCGGUGCCAUUUUUAUUUAUAUCGGGCCUUGCUGACAACUUAGUGCCACCGCGCAUGAUGCGCGCCUUGUAUGCCAAAUGCGGCAGCGAGCUGAAGCGCCUGCUGGAGUUUCCGGGCGGCUCCCACAACGAUACAUGGAUAGUAGACGGGUACUAUCAAGCGAUUGGAGGAUUCUUGACAGAACUGCAGAAGGAGCCGUCUCCGCUGCAAAAAGCUCCCGAGAAGAGCAAUGUUUGGGGCGAGCUAGAGCAUAAAAUUAUUGAUGUAUAGCUCUUGGAAUUGAAUACAUGAAGUGUUCUACUGACUGUGUUAGUACUGCAAAUAGUUUAAUAUUUAUACAGGGUUUUAAUCCAAGCAUUGCCUAGUGUUUUAUUUUUGCUGAAUAUAAUUUUUCAUUGCGUUCGAAAUCUACAUACACUAAAGUCUUUAACAAUUGGUGACUUAACUGAAAUCAAUCAGUAUUUAAGAGAAUAAACGAAUAAUCUGGUUCAAUUAGCUGCUUGCCAGAUUCCACUAAUGAUUCCACUUGGAAUAUGUUA